AUGCGCCUCUAUGCGGCCGGCUCCAACAGUGAGGGGCAGUUGGGCGUAGGCCAUACGGACGACAUGGCGUCGUGGACGCCAUGCGAACAGGACGAUGGAUGUGCGUUUCCACCGCCGGGCUGGGACAUACAAGCCUGUGUAUGCACGUCGUCAGCGACGUGGGCUCUGUGUACGCACGCCGACGCCUCGGCUCGUUCGCUGUACGUGUGUGGGCGUACAGCCCAUGCAACGUACCGUGCGUUUACACGCGUGCCAUGCAAAGCGAUCGGUAUUGACGCUGGGCCGGACGAUGCGCAAGUGACAAUGCUAGCAGCCAGCUGGGAUUGUGUCUACAUCGUCGUCCGAGGACCGGAGGCGGACGAUAUCUACGCCUAUGGCGGCUCGGCAUGGGGCGAAGCAGGGCCGGCCCAUGAGCCUGGCGCGUACGCCACACGCAUUCCGCUGCAGAUCGAGACGGUGGCCUAUACAUCGACGCCGCUCUCGUGCGAGUCGCUAGCGCAGGCCUCGGUGCGUAUUCGUGCCGUGCAGGCGGGUGUGCGGCAUGUGGUUCUGCAUGUUGUAUGGGAAUCGACGGCGUCGCAUGCGAUCGUGUGCCAUGGCAUCCUUGGAUGGGGUCAUGCGCGGCAUGGUCAGCUCGGUCCGCCGCCGCCGCCAUCGUCGCGCGGCAUGUACACACGCCCGAUCGCCGUGUGCCUAUGGCCACCGACAAAGAGCGAUACCACCGUGUACCUGGCUGCGGGCAUGCAGCAUACUGUGCUGGCGUGGGCGACGCCGGCCCACACGGAGCUGUGGGCUUUGGGCCAAGCGCGGGACGGUCAACUGGCGCUGCCUUUCCCCCGGUCGGACGUGUGCCCUGCCUGGGCCCACCGAUUUGAUGUGGAUGGGCCUGCGAUGCCGCUGUGCCAAUGGAAGACGACGUUCGUCUGGGCUGGCGCGGCGCUGCAUGCGUGUGGUCGCGCGUCGCAUGAGCAAACAAGUGGGACGUCGCUCUCGAUGGCGCACGCCCAGGCGAUGGCCGCAGGCAGUGAGCACUGCCUUGUGCGCACAGCGUCAGGCGACGUGUAUGGCUGGGGAUGGAAUGAGCAUGGGAAUCUGGCGCACAGUCCUGAUGCGGCGGCGCUCGCGCCACGUCGUGUGUGGGAUCAUCGUGCUGAUGCUGGGCGUGCACAGCGAAUGUGGGCCGGGAAUGGCACGUCGUUUCUCGUUGUAUGA